AUGGUGCUGCUCACAAUCACACCCGGUAUACUCCGAGCCCUCGAAAGCGCGUCCAACACAUACCCCGAUCACUUUGCGAAACUCCAACACAAUGACGAGCCCAGCCUCUCACAGGCCAAACUGGGAGACGCAGUCUCGCAUACACAACUCAUCGCCCUCUCCAAGCUCCUCAAACAACACUCGACACCGCGCCCAGACACUCCAUCCGAACAAGGCCAAGACGUCUCGAAUAACGACACCCCCCUCCCGCCACCUGCCACGCUCGCCUCCCUCCUCCACUCAACAACCAUCUACACACCACCCCCCGCCCCAAAGCCCGCUCCGACUCCCGAAUACACCGCCUUGAUGGCCCGUCUGCGCCGCGACCAAGAAGCCCUCUCCUACUCGCGCCUCCUCAACCCGCCGACACGAGAAAGCUUCUCCCAGCGGUUCCCCGCCGCCCCCUCGCCUUUUACAACCCACAUUCCGCCUUCCUCCCUCGACGACGAAAUCACCUACGAAGAAGUCCACCGCCAAAUCAUCCUCAUCAUCAACAUCCUCGUCUCCAUCGUCGCCGUCUCCGUCUUCCUGUGGGUUGCAGCCCGCCACUGGAGUAUUGGGAAACGGUUGGGUCUGGCAAUGGGAGGUAGUUUGGCUAUUGCAGUCGCCGAGGUUGCCGUGUAUGGGGGUUAUGUGAGGAAAGUGAAAGAGGCAAAACUUGUGGAGAGGCGGAAGCCGGAGAUCAAGGAGAUUGUCCAGACUUGGAGGGUUGGUGGGGCAAAGAAUGCAGAGGCGGAGCGUGUAGAUGUGGGCGGCAAAGGCAAGGGCGACGAGGUUGACGGGGUAAGAUUUAGAAAAGGAAAGCAUCGUUGA